GCUCUUGCCACUAUGUUUCGUUCUAUCCUACCGCUAAGUUGGUGAUCUAAUUGACAUGCUGAAGAAAGAUACUACUAGUGUCAAGCCUACCGUCUACUAACUGGUCGGCUCAAGAUGGUGCCCUGAUGCAGAUCUCCCUACGAUGCUGCCGGCUUAUAACUGACUACCCGAACCAAAAUUUUGUCCGAAAACCAAACUCGAAUCUGGAUACCCUCCCGAUUUCAAUGCGGGUCCGGGUGGUCUAUGCUGUGCACCAGCUCACGGGCCCGAUCUCCGUCUUGCCCCUCAACGAUUACUCCCUCGGUACGUCAUGGAGACAAAGAGUCACACAGACGAAGGCGACUAAGCCUUAGGAGACCGUAUUUCAACGCCACAACGCCCAACCAGGGCCUCAAACCCUUACCCAGAUUUCACAAUAUAGGUUCGCGGUGAUCAUCACCCGACGAGAUCCUUAACAAAGACAACCAAAACGUCAACAUGCUACACAUAAAGCCAACCAGCACCAGGACUGUCCGGUUCGUCUUCCAGAGCACCUUCCGCCCGGCGACCCGCUGCCUCUCAACCACGGCGGCACGCUGCGCAACUCCCACAGGUGGCAAGGUAUAUGGCCCGAACGAUCCGAGGGGCGGCAACCCCGUCGACGACAUCGAUCUCGUCUUUGACUAUCCAACGGAGGGACAAACCUCGCACCAGAAGCAGCCACUCGAGACAUCCGGCCUGGACAUCCACUCGGCCAUGCCCCACCACCCGAAGGGCGUCAAGGCAGGGAUGCAGCAGGCCAUGGGCAAGAAACUGGACAAGGAGAUGGGGUACCCGGAAAACCGAAUGAUAUACGUUGGGAUCGGAGCCCUCGGCUUGGGCUGCCUCUACAUGAUGAUGCGGCCGCGGAGGGCGGAAACGCCGAGCUCCAUCGUACAGCCUGGUGACUUGGCUGCGCAGAAGUCGAAUGAGAGUGGCAUGGAUAGGAUGGUUGGCCGCGGCCACUGAGAAGUGAAGACGAGCUCGGGCCGGGGUGCUCCGAUCUGUAGUGGUUGCAGACAAACACGAUCGGGUUGUCCGCUACAGUCGGUAGUGUAGGGAAACCCUAAGGUACCUAUGACAGUUAUUGUAUCUAAGUCUCUAUCCGGUAAUGCUACACUGGUAUCCAUCUGGUUUGUAAUGAUUGGGAUAGGUACAUUCCAAGGAGA